UUCUCUUUUGAAAAUAAAAAUAAUUAUUUUAAAAUUUUAAAUUAAAAUAAAAUUAUAAAAAAGUAAAAAAUUUAAAAUUUAGUAGUUAAACUUUUAAAUAUCCGUAGAAUGAAUUGUCAGGAAUUAUUACAGUCAAUUAAUGUUUACAGUUUUAUUCAAUUUCAUAAGUGCAAAAAGGGUAAAAAAAAAAAACCAUUCUCAUACAUAUCAAGUACAAAUGUCGCAAUGUAAGUGGAAGUACCACGACACCGCAGCAGUCGAGGCGCGACCGGUCUUAAGCAAAUGAAGUUAACAACAAAACCAAGUGCUCCUCUUAUUACAGAGACGGAGAAAAGAGAAAGAAGAAAUGGGGUGGAUAGGGAAGAUCAUUGACUCAAUCAAAUCUACUCAGAUCAGACAAGCUCUCUCUCAAACCAUUUCUCUUAGUUCAUCUCUUCCUCUUAAAAUGCAUUAUCUUGAUUUAUUUUCAAGACUGUCCUCAAAUCUUUAUUUACCAUUUCUUUAAGUUGAAAAAAAUGAAAUGGGUGCAAAAUGUUUGCAAGUAUGAUUGUGACUUCAGCACUAAUUGUAUGGAAGACAUUGAUGUGUAUAACUGGUACUCUGUUGUUGUUGUGCUUACUAAGUAUGGAACCUGCUUUCCAGCGAGGUGAUAUUUUGUUCUUACAUAUGAGCAAGGAUCCUAUUCGGAUAGGGGAGAUUGUUGUGUUUAACAUAGAUGGAUGUGAUAUUCCAAUUGUCCAUCGAGUAAUUGAGGUACAUGAGCGAAAAGAUACCAGAGAUGCUGAUAUCCUCACAAAAGAUGAUGACAGAGUUUUUUAUGCUUACGGCCAGUAUUGGUUGAAGUCACAACAUAUCAUGGGAAGAGCUGUUGGGUUUUUGCCUUAUGUUGGUUGGGUGACAAUUGUCAUGACUGAGAAGCCACUUAUCAAGUACGUAUAAGUAUCUUUGGUUUGCUGGUCAUUACCUCAAAGGAUUAGGGAAAGAUAAACAGUGUCUUCUAAUACAAAAGCAGUGAAAUUCAGACAACAUAAAUCUUGUAACAUAUAGAGCGCAAAAUAUCCUGUUUUACAUACUGCACUAAGAGUUGAUUAAAUAUAUUUGUUUGUUGA